AUGAAGCAGACAGCAAGACGUCUCCUCAACGUAAAGCCACCGCAACCCGACCUCACGCGCUACGCCAUCCCGGACCUCGCAUCGAUAUCUCAGCGAGAUUUGCCCAAUAACGGCUUUGGCAUCAAGAACUACUUCAUCCCCAAGACCCGCUUCCUGCAUUGGCCAGUCUACAUCAAGACUUCAAAUUCGACGAAAGUAGUGACUGAGAUCAAGAGGGUCCAGGGCGACAUACACCAGUUCAAGCGCGACUUGUUGCGUUAUAAUGAGGAGUUUGUGAUUAGUAUGAACCAGGCUGCUGGGAUUGUUAAUAUCAAGGGAGACCAUGUUGAUGAGGUUAAACUGCUCUUGGAUAGGGAAAUCAACUAA